AUGAUGUACGGAUCGGAGACUUGGGCAGCACCAUCAACGGUUAUGGAGAGGCUUGACUGCACGGAACGAAAGCUGCUUAGGCGGCUACUUAGCUACUUUUGGCCUAGGGUAUGUCACAAUGAAGAUCUUUACGCAGAAAUUGAUGUGGUAUACCGGCGGAUGACACGUGGAAAACAUCAACAUCUUGCACCGCCAUCGAAAGUGGCUAAAGUAAAUCGUCUUCGCUUCUUUGGUCAUAUAUUAAGGAGAUCGGCAGAUCGCCUUGUUCAACGAGUUCUGAGGAGUUCGUCGGGUUCGAGCUGGAAGAAGCCACCUGGCCGAAAACGGAAGUUCUGGACUGAGGCGGUGAAAGAGGACCUGAGAACACUCGGCGUGGAUAGGCAGUUCAGGCGAGACGUAAGGUUUCGCAGAAUAUGGAAUAGCGACGAAUGGAUUGAUUCUGUGCAAGCUCUCGCAGAAGAUCGAGAAGGUUGGGCAGAGCUGUGUUCAAGGACGGCACACCUCGGCGAAGAUGCGGGUAAUCGCGUCAGGCGAUGA